AUGUCAUUCUUCUUCCGCACGCAACCACUCAAGGCAGUAUACAUGACUUGCUUCAUUCUAUCUGUCCUUGGUAGAAUUCCAUUUUGGGCCAUGACUGCAGCAAUUCCUGCAUUGCGUCCCCGCAAGGCAUGGUCAAAUCGUCGUACUCUGAUAUUUCAUACAAUCAAUGCCUUCAUGAGUACAUUUUUCCAAGUCGGAUUCAUGUAUAGUACUGGCGAGGAUCCUGAGGCAGUUGCCGCCUCUUCAACUGCUUCAGAAGUUGGUUUUGUAUGGGUUGAGCCAUUGGAAGAGACGGAAAUUGUUGGCGAGGUCGCAGAGGCAGCAAAAGUGAACAAUGUCACAGUUGUAAAAACAGCAGGAUACUGGUACCCUCCUUCUAUGCAGCCAAAUGGUGAGCAGCCAGCUGCGGAUGAACAGGUUAUAUUACAUAUACAUAGUGGCGGCCAUGUCAUGGGCUCGGCUCAUCCUCAUGGAGGACCCGCUGGUCCGGUGUGCUCAGGCUUGCUUGAGCACUGUGUGCAGAUUAAGCGAGUUUUUUCCUGUGGAUAUCGGCUAGCUUCAUCUGCUCCAUACCCUUCUAAAAAUCCAUUCCCUGCUGGCCUCUUUGAUGUCAUUUCAGGGUACAAAUACCUUAUCAAGCUUGGUUUCAGGCCACAGAAUAUUGUUGUAUGUGGUGAUUCAGCGGGAGGUAAUCUUGCUAUGGCAUUGACAUUGUAUGCCACUCGAAACAAGCUUCCUAGUUUACCUAUCCCAGGAGGUCUUGUCUUGAUUUCCGCAUCAGUGGAAUGGGAGAUCACUCAUAAUGGGCCCGAAUCUUCUUGGACAACAAAUGCCUGCAGUGAUUUUAGCAAUCUAUUUUACACAAAAGGAUACACUGCUCGGAGCCUCCUGGGCAGCUUGGCACCUGCUACAAUUGCAACAAGUCCUUGGAUCUCCCCAGCUUCCCUCAAGCUUGAUCAUUCAGUUGUCAAAAACCUUUUUGUAGGCUUUCCAAUGACUUAUAUCAUUGCCGGUGGUGCUGAGACUGCACGCGAUGCUCUUGUUACAUUACGGGACCGUCUGCAGGAAGAUAUUGGGAGUGACAAGAUUACAUACACUGAAGUCAAGGAUGGGACCCAUGACAUUGUUACAAUGGAUUGGUAUGAACCUGAGAGGACCGAAAUCUUCAAGGACAUUGCCUUGUGGAUGGAUAAAGUAUAUUCCUAA